UUGUCGAGCUGCCUAUCUCGGGCGCCGCCAUGUUGGUGAGAAGAAAUCACCGCCACGGCCACUAUCCAAAUCCCCGUGUUCCUCCACGCCACCCGCUCGCUCCCAAGCCUCGGCCAGCAGCGGCGGAUAGAGACUAAAGCAGCAGCGCCAGCAGCGCCCGGCAGCGAGGGGGGCCAUUGCCCUGUGUUUGCAGUUAGAGCCCCAUCUUUCUGCUGUGAUUGUUAAUAGACUGGAAAAGUCUCUGUGUCUCUCUGUGUCGCUCACUAAGUAACCGUGAGUUUUUACCAAUUCAUCAUCUCUCACCACCGAGUCCCAGCGGCGGCCGAGAGCAGGUGGUGAUCACCGAGUCCAAGUGUGUGUGUGUCUCUCUGUCAGGCAGCAGCAGCAGCAGCAGGGCGUGUGCGCGCUAGGGGCUCUGGUCGGUGGCCACAGGGCAGGUUCCUCCUCGCCACCUCCUGCUGCUCAUCCCUCCACCACCACCUCCACCAUCACCACCUCCUCCACCACCUCCUCCACCAGCCUCAUGGCCUUUGAGAGCCUUUUCUCCAAACCCCCCAACCCCGUUCUUGACAAAAACAUGACAGACUCUGAACAUGCAGGGGACGAAAGAGAAGAUGGUGAAUUAGAAGAUGGUGAAAUAGAUGAUGCUGGAUUUGAGGAAACACAAGAGCAACCAGAAACAAAAGGAAAUGACAAACAGAAAAGUGAGAGAGCCCACAGAAAAUCAAGAAAAAAACGCAAGAAAGAAAAAGAAAAGAAAAAAUCAAAAAGGAGAAGACGUGAGAAACACAAGCAUAAUUCUCCCUCUAGUGAUGAUAGUUCGGACUACAGCCUUGAUUCAGAUGUUGAACAUUCAGAAAGGUCUCAUAAAAAAGAAUCUGGUUCCUACAGGGAUUAUGACUCAUCAUUUCUUCAGCAUGGACAUUUAUCAGGAAACUACAGGAUAUUACAGAAAGGUCAGCAUAAUAAAAAAUCAAAAAUUAAAGAUUAUGAUGAGUAUAGUAACUACAGCGAUGACAACUUUGAUAACUACAAUCAGGAAACAGAAGAAGAUUUUGCUGACCAGCUUAAACAAUACAGACAAGCUAAAGAUACCUCAAACCCUGCUUUAGGAUCACCAUUUCAUAAAGAAUCAGGGAAAAAACAGGCAAUGAAAGGAGUUCAGCCAGUUGAGCAAAGGAGUAAAAGUUUCAGUGUUUGUCGUGGACGUGGUAUGCCGAAGAAACUAAAGCGCAAAGAGCGUGGCAGAGGAAGAGGCAGUAAAGGACCUAAUGUUUUUUCUGGAACAGAUGGCUUUCAAGAGGAUGGUAAACCUGUGAAAAAAUGGGUGAAUAUGAGUCAAGAGUUUAUAAACCAGCAUACAGUGGAACACAAAGGAAAACAGAUUUGUAAAUAUUUUCUUGAGGGGAGAUGUAUUAAGGGAGACCAAUGUAAAUUUGAUCAUGAUGCAGAGUUGGAGAAAAAAAAGGAAAUCUGCAAGUUUUAUAUACAAGGAUAUUGCACCAAAGGAGAGAAUUGCAUUUAUAUGCAUAAUGAAUUUCCUUGCAAAUUUUAUCACACUGGAGCAAAAUGUUACCAAGGAGAUAAGUGCAAAUUUUCCCAUGCUCCUCUCACUAAAGAAACAAAAGAACUUCUGGACAAAGUUCUGAAUACUGAAGAGGAACCACAAAAUGAAGAUGAAAGGGAGUUAGAAGAACUUAGAAGGCGUGGCAUUGCUCCUCUUCCUAAACCACCUCCAGGAGUUGGCCUUUUGCCAACCCCACCAGAGCAUUUUUCAUUUUCAGAAUCAGAAGAUAACUUUCAAGCAGAUCUUUCUGAUGAAUUUAAGAAAAUUCCAUCUCUCUUUGAAAUAGUUGUAAAACCUACUGUGGAUUUAGCACACAAGAUUGGGAAGAAGCCACCAGCAUUUUAUAACAGUGCCUCACCACCAGGACCACAGUUUCAGGGAAACAACCCACAUCAGCAUAUGUACAAUUCAGGGUCAAGUCCAGGUCCUGGUCCUAAUAUGUCUCAGGGACACAAUGGUCCUGCAAUGCACCCAGGUUCCCCUGGACACCACCAAUGUACAGGUCCUCCUGGCCCACCAAUGCCACAUAGCCCACCAUUGCAACCUGGUCCACCUGGAUUUUUAGGACCUCAUAAUCAAUCUGGAGGACCCAUUCAACCAGGCCCACCUUUAACUCCACCAGGUAUGAGUGGUUCCUAUAACUCAACAGGAGUCCAGGGACAUAUGAUGAACAUCACUAUGGAAAAUCAGUGUUCUUCAGGUCCAUCUUACCAGCAGGGUCCCAAUGAAAUGCAGCUCAAUGCCAACUACGAGUCCCUACAAAACCCAGCUGAAUUCUAUGAUAAUUAUUAUUCACAUCAAGCUGUACAUAAUUUUCAGACAGCCAAUAACUCCGGUGAUGCAAUGUGGCAUGGUGAAUUUGCUGAACACCAACCUCAUACCGCUCAAGACUCAUUAAACAGUGGAAGUGAGUCAGAUUGCAUUAACACGUCAGGCCAUAAAACUGGUAUAAAUGUACCAGAUUUCCUUCCUGCAAUGCAGAAAGCCCUCUUUGUAAGACUUAGUCAGAAACAUCAAGAGGAUGGAGAACCAGUUGCUCACCAAUCUCAAAGGACGUUAAGCAAGGAAGAAGAUGAUAAUGUUAACUGGUAUUCCAGUAGUGAAGAGGAAGAGGGAAGUAGUGUCAAAUCAAUAUUGAAAACUUUACAGAAGCAAACAGAGACUCUAAGGAAUCAACAACAUUCCACAGAACUUGGUACUCCUACUGAUCCAAGACUUGCUAAAGACAAAAAUACAGGAAGCCAAGCUGUUGAUCCUAGACUUAGGGCUGUCCCAAGACAAAGUGCUAGAAAACCUUUGGAUUCUGCCCCUUUUGAUCCUAGGCUUGCACGAGAUCCCAGGAAAUUAAAACUUAAUGAAAGUGGCCAUGUAAGUCCUUCUGUUGGUGGAGGAAAGUUUGACUUACACCAUACAAAUUCUGGAAUUAAAGUCAAACAAAAAGGAAUAGAUGAUGAAGAAGAAGAAACAGAAAGAGAGCUGAGAGAAAAAGCUUUCCUAAUACCUUUGGAAUCUUUACCUGGUAUAACGCUACAAGAUCCAAGGUCACAGCUUAGACAGUUCAGCCAUAUUAAAAUGGAUAUUAUCCUGACCAAACCAAACUUUGCAAAACAUAUUGUAUGGGCUCCUGAAGAUUUACUUCCAGUCCCCUUACCUAAACCUGACCCAGUUUCAUCAAUCAACUUACCUCUUCCCCCGCUUAUAGCUGACCAGAGGCUAAAUAAAUUACGUAACAUAAAUAGUGAUAUUCAUCAAAGUACAAUGCCAGCUGAUCCAAGAUUAGCAGCAAAAGCCAAAAAUACUACUACAAGAAUUGUAUACUUGGACCAACCUGGAGAAACCCAUAGUCCAGGAAAUAAAUUAGGGGAUCCUAGGUUACAGAAAAGUGUUGAUCCCAGACUUCAUAGGAUAUCCAGUACAGAAUCUCAUGGAAUUGCAAAGGAUCCUCAUCCAUCAAAAUUUGAUCCACGUUUGGCCAGACCUAGUUCUGGUUCAUCACACACUUCAGGGGCAGUAACUAAUAAAUCUGAGUCUGAUUCUCUUCCUCCCUAUGCUCCUAAACUGUUAACUUCAACUGGUGUUAGACUGGGAACACCCAGCUCUAUUCUUAGUGGCAUUAGUUUGUAUGACCCAAGAGAACAUGGUUCAUUAUCUUUAGCAGACUCAGCACUGCUUUCUUUAGGAGAGAAUGGAGAGAACCAGAAAAAAAUCAGUGGCUUGCAAAACAAUGGCAGAAAUGAGCUUUCUCCUUCAGAAGCUUUGCAGAAGACCACUCCAAAUUUGGAAAAGACUACAGAUGGGCCAGUUGACUCCCAGUCAGAUAAACAGAAUAAUACUGUUAAGACUCAGGUUAAACCUGAGCCCCCACACUCCAGUACUGCACCAGCAGUGCACAACCUUCCAAUCCAGGCUUUAACAGGAUUAAUAAGACCACAGUACAGUGAUCCGAGACAGACAAGACAGCCAGGACAGGUGAAUCAAAUGCCAGAUAAUGAUCCAAAUGGAGAAUCAGAUGAUAAAUCCCUGAAGGAUGUUUUUAAGACUUUUGAUCCAACAGCUUCACCAUUUUGUUAGUAAUUGCUUUAUUAAAAGAUUCUUUUUACUGUUGUGACUAUUGCAGUUCUCUGCUCUUUUGUAACUGGUUUACCUCUAUGCUUUAUUUAUUUUAAAAUUAUAAUUAUCAACACUUUUUCAGCUGCUAAUUCCAGAACCACAUGCAGUUAUGUGCUCUAGUGUUUGCAAAGAUGUGGUAUUUUCUACAUAUGUUUUUCAGCUUCAGGGAGACUGUAAUAAUUGACACAUAGAAACAUGUAUCACGUUAGAGCUGAUGGAAGCACUUUUCAUUGUAAAUAAAACAUCAUGAAGAACUCAACACUCAAACUGUAUAUGUGCAAGCUGUCUUUCAUAAUCAACGUUCAGUCAAAUAAUUGCCACUUUUAUAUGAUGUAUAGUUUCAAGCAAUACAGUAUAUAUUACUUUGAAACAAAUAUUUCAGAUUAAGAUCUUCUGAAUUCAUCAGGUCAAACCUGCUAACUGAAAUAUAAACAAAUGAAGUAAAAAAAACUUAAUCCUCACUUUUUAGAGCAAUUGAUGUUAGGAACAUCACUUUUAUUCAUUCUGUCAGUAUUUUUGUGUAAAUGAUAACUAUAUCAUCUAAAGCAUUUAAAAUGUCAUAUCUUUUCAAAGUAUUUUCUUCUAUACUGUAUAUAAAAAAUUGUGAAGUAUGUAACUAAAAUGUUAAAAGGUGAGAAUACCUAAGUUGUCUAAUACAAAACUUUUUAUUUAAUUGUUCACAUAAAACAAUUCUGAAUUAGUGCUAUAGGUUACAUUGUGCUGUUUAUGUAUUUCAAUGUAUUUUUGUAUUCAGCAGCUUUAUUUGUAUUGCUUUUUUGUAUUGAUGUUACUACAGUACUUGUAUUCAUCGUGUCUUCAGCAUUUUUAACAAAAUUUUUAAAAGAUAUAGUGGGAGUCUAUUAGUGACUAUUAAACUGAUAAUGUUCUAAAUGACCAGGUACCGUAUUUUUACUUAUAACUCUUGGAAAAUAGAAAAUACCUGAACCAAUCUUAUACAGAGAUUACUGAUAUAAUCAGCUGUACACAACUACCACAGAAAAACCUCUUUUAAAUCUAGCCCAGUGGGCAGUCUACCACAAAAGGGAUUAUCUUGUGUUUGAAUAUUUAAUAUUCUCAUGGUUUGUAAAUCUCCUAAAUUGAUUAGAAAUCGUAUUUUUAUAAAGCCUUGUAUUCUUGUGUAUUUAUUAUAGUGUACAAAUAAUGGCUAGCCUAUUUGUUUCAAACUUUGUCAUGCACAUAUUGUUUAGAACUGAAAAAUAAGUAUUACAUUUAUAUUCAUAUAUCCUAAACUAAAGUAAUAUGAUAGUGUUUGCUGUUAGCAAAUUCAGUAGGUAACUUUGAGAGGAGCAUUUCAUUAUAAAACAUAAUGAAAGUAAAAGUUAACUUUUUAAGCUUAGCCUAGAAAUUGGUCCUCAAAUAAAAAUGACCACUUUUGCUAAGUAAUUUUUAAAAUUACAUGGCUAAUUGUUUCUGUGGGAACCUGUCAUCUUUGUACCUAGGUACUCGGAUAAUAGCAUAAUGUCUAAUAUUAAUGCAUGUUCACUCUUUACUUUUCAUUCAUUAUUUGUUAUUAUUUGACCUGAUUACAUCUUAUACUGAAACUGAGUUGCAGUUAGAAUAACAAAUGUAUGUCUAUUCCAUAAGAAUUUUUUUUAAUGGGAGGUGCAGCACUAUAUUAUUAAGGUAUAAAUGAGAUUGCCUACUGAUUUUCUUUUGAUUGCUUGAUAGCCAUGGACAGCUCUUUUGGGUUAAAUUAAAAAAAAGUCUUUAAGCCACUGUGACGUAGUCAUCAUAUUACAAAUUCUGCCUUCCUAACUAAGGAAACAAUUGUCUAAUAAAAAAACACUCAGUAGAGGGAGUAAAAUUUAAGUCAUAUAUAUUUUUAAUAUAUAUAUAUACACACACACAUUUAUUUUUGCGUAGUUAAAAUUAAAUACUAGUUUUGCUAUAUUGAGCUUCAUGAGGAGCAUCAUUGCAUUUUUGAAACUAUUUAAUCACUUAAUAGCUAUAAUUAGUUUAUCCAUGUAUCUCAAGAAUCCUCAUAAUAUAUUUAAAUACUGCGCACAUUUUAAUAACAUAUGAAAAGAUAAUAUCUGUUCAUAUUUAAGAUAGGAUCUAAGCCAGUAGCCUUGAUUUCUAUCCUUUUGAAUAUUAGAGGACCUACCUUCUACUAAAAAGUUAUCAACAGUAAAGGUUAACAUUCAUGAAUAUAAAUAAGGUUGCUCAAUUGGUAGUUAUCGGACAUGUUGCAUAGGUAGGGUUUUGGUUACAGUUUUCAACGUAAGUGAAUAUAUUAUAUAAAGAAUGCUUUAAGUUUUAAAAUACAUCAUUUCACAUAUAAUUAGUUUUAUUGAGAUGUAUCUGGUUAAGAAAGAAAUUGCUUUCCCACACUGGCAUGUCAAAUACACUGACCAAUACAGAUAAUUUUAAUGUAUUUUUAUAUUGAUGUAACUGUAGUUCAUUAAUUGUAUUUGCGACAUUUUAAACAAAAUUAUAAAAAUAUAAAGGGAGUCUAUUAAUAGCUGUUACACUGAUAACAUUCUACAAGAACUGGCACUGUGUUUUUUAAUUUACAGCAUUGGUAAAAUAGACAAUACCUAAACUAAUCUUAUAACAGGGAUUAUGGAUAAAAUCAGCUACCAGAAAAGAAAAUUUACUCUUCUUACUUUUACUUUUCUUUUUGAGUAUUUUUAUUAAUAAUUAAGUUCCCUUAGGAAAGCAGAACUUAGAGGAUGUGAUGACUACUUUAACCUUUUUUCCUCACCAAAACUUCACAUGGAGCAAUAUUCUCUGAUGUAUAAGCCACUUACAGGGUUGAGCUAGAUAUUUAAGCCAUUAGUGUCUUGUAAAGCAAAUUAUACCCUUUUCCCUUAACAUUCAUGAAGAUUCCAGAGGCAACUAGGAAUAGGUUAUGGCCUUGGGGAAAGUCUGAUUCAGAAGUUUCUCCAUCUAUACUACUUUAUGGCAUAAUGGUUCUUUUCAUAGUUCCACACUUGUGUGCUUUAGUUUUUAUUUAGAUGGAUAUAGUUAGUUACCUGUUGUGAUCAGGAUUCUGAACUGAAGUACAAAAGAUCAUAAUCUAUUUGAACAUUGCUCUUUCUCAAAUCUGAUUUGGCUAUUGCAUAUAGCCUCAGACUUCUGUUUUUAGAAGAUUCCCCAACUUUGAACUAGUCUCAAGUCUUACCCUGAGGUCAUAGGUCUCUUCAAGCUGUAACCUUAAAGCAUUUCAUGUCCCUAGAUUCACCCCUUGCAUAGAUUCCAAACCCCAAGGUUUUUAAUAUUUUAUUUAAAAUGUAGAAUGAAACCAAAUUUCAUGGGUAGGAGUAAUGAUAUCAGGUUUUCUGAUUGCUUGCUUGAAUUUGAUCUGUUUUUGUACUGUCCUCUUUAUUUUGAGAGUAGGACCUUUGAUUAGAAAAGAAAGGUUCAUUUAAUUCACCUGUAUAAUUUUUUUUAAGGGGUAUGAUAGUGUGGCACAUCAGACUAAGAGUUUAAAAAUUAUGACUUCGUAUAUUGGUUGUAAAUGUAUUUGCCCUAAACAAAUGAAUUUAUUUUAUGUCUAUUCCUUCGUUUAUGAAAUGAAGAUUAUAUGACUGCUCACAGAUGUUGAAAGAAAUAAUAAUUAUUGUAAAGCAUUUUGUAAAUAGAAAAUCACUUUAUAACUACUUUGUAAACAUAAUCCUUCUAUACCUACUAGGAUGAAUUAAGUUGUACAACUUCGAAAGCGACUUGUGAAGUUUCAAUGGUGUAUGCUGAAAUUAUUUUAGAGUCUUCAUUCAUAUUUCUUAAAGGUCACAUUUGCCUAGUAAUUUGCUUCAUAAUUUCAACAAGUACCGGUUUCCUAAAUUAUAGUUUGUAUAAUUUAUAAACAGAAAAAAAAUCCUUGCUUCAGGGUUUUCAUUGUGUGUGUGUGUGUGUGUGUGUGUGUGUGUGUGUGUUGAAAAUGGGACAUUUAUACAAAUUUACAAAGCAUGAUACUGAGUGGUGGAGUUUUUUAAUUGCUGUAAAAGGCUGCUUCUAUGUGGUGUGCUUGGUUAAUGCAAAGUUUGUCUGAGGUAACAAGCUCAAUCGUAUUUUUUCCAUGGCUCUUAGAAACCAGCUUGUCCCAUUCCGUGCAGUACAUGACUUUCAGUGUUCAUGUGAAGCUUGUGAUAGUGCUAAGUAUUUCAGAAAGGUAAUGUCACUUAUAUCAGAAUGACCAUUUGAUCAAGCAAAGUAUUAUUGCCUCUGACAAAUACAGUGAAAGCUAUAGGUUGCUUAGAAGGUAGCAGAUUUCUUGGGCCUUUGACCUUGAGGUCUUAGAUAUGGUGGGAAAGGGUCUGCUCUAUGUAUGAUACAGGAUUCUGUUGGCAAAGCUUGUCUCUUUUCCUUGCACCUAGUUAGUGAGUUUAUUCAGUUCUUGUUAUCUGUGGAAAUGCAAAGACAGUCUCAUUAUUCAAGUGGUCUUCAAACUAUCAAGUCUCUGUGCUUCCUCCAGUAGUCUGCUUUUGUGAACAUUGCUGAAAUGUAGGUUUUCCAUGUUUUUGGCUAUUCUUUAUAAUCAACUUGCUGGAAAUGAACCUAAAGUUUUACCUGUUGAAUUUCUAGACCACUAGUGAACUGAUAAUCAGUUCAGAGAAAUCUUUGUGUAGUAAACAUAAUCCAAGUGUAGCAAAGAAGGCCCUUAAUUGAAUAUUUAAAAUUCCUUCCCUAAUGAGAGACAGUCGUUAGAAUACCUUAAUCUUUUGAAAGCUUUAUAAUUUCAUCAACUCGAUUCUCCCUCCCCAGAUGCAGAUCCAGCCCCACCACAUUCCAUGAAAUUCUGGUAGCUGAAAAUUUCAUCACUUGCUGAACGCUUUUCUGGUGAUGAGCCUCUUUGCAUUUAGACAGCCUGAUACUCAGUCAACUGCUAAGCCCAUACUUAAAGCUUCUCUAGCAUAGUAAAACCUGCUAGAGCUUGUGCUUUACUGGAAUAGCCUUUGAGAACUCAGGGUCAACUCCAUGCCACAAUGAAUCAUCAGGGUAGGACUUUAGUGGAUCCACUCUACUUCCCUACAGGUAGCUUAAUAUGUUUUACAGAACCAGUCUGAAUGGAUCCUGAUGUUCACAAAACUCCAGUAAUAAACAUCAUGGUUAGAUUUAUGGUACUUAACUAGUUGCACCCAUAGCCCUUUGGGCACUUUCUCCUUAAAGGGGUGCAAACCUAAGAAAGGGCUUUUAAUCUUUCCUCUGCUUUUAAUGCGUAUGUAGAAUAAUCUAUGUUUUUAGAUAACAAUAAAUAAAAAGCACAUUUGGAAUUAGCUUGUAAAUGGCUCAAAGACAGGAACACAUCUGCUAUACUUUGUGUAUACUCCCCCAGGAACAAGCUUAAUUCUGGCCAUAUUUUAGGUGUUUUAUAAAUGCUUAAUUGAAUGGUUUCUUAAUGCAUUAAACCCAAGAGUUAAAGUUAAGAUACCAUUUUAUUAGAAUAGUAAGGACAAAAUUAUUUUAUGGCAGCUAUAAACUCUUGAUUAUGUUAAAGGGCCAGCGACUUUGUGAAUUCUCUUCUCCAAUAAACAUAGGGCACUUUCUCCAUCCCUAUUUUCCCCAGAUAAGUAGCUUGAAUAGUGUAGGUCAUAGGGGUAAUUCAGUUUCCCCUGUAUUCUACUUUAUGGUACCACAUACCUCAGAGAGUACUGGAGUACACUAAGAUAAUAUGUGGAUGAUCGGGCAAAUCAAGUAGAUAAAAAUGACUUUUUCCCAUUGGUCUUUGAGGGUUUCUUGGUAUACACAAAAAUGAAACAACUAUAAUCAUAGAUCAUUAUUUAUUAUAAAAUAUAUCCUUUGCCUUUGUUGGGUAAUUUCCUCAAAAUUUCUCAAGGAUUUAAGCCAGUGACCUUUUAAAUUCCUUUCUUUUUGAAAAGAAAGUAAACAAUGUGUGGGUUAACUCCUUGGUAACCAGGUUUACUGGCUAGAAUAACAACAAUCAGUAUUCACAAGGAAUAGUAAUUCUCCCUUUGAAGUUUUAAAAUUCAUUAUUGCUUUUUUUGUGACUCAACAGUUUUCUAUUUUCUUUUCAACCUGAAACAUUUUCUGACUGUCAUUGCUAUUUUUAGUGAGACGUUUAUUUAUCAGAGGUAUAUGUAAAGAAAAGUGUUCAUUUUAUUCUUGGCCUCAAACUGCAUUGUCAUUUCUUGGAAUAGCAUACAACAUUAUUUGCUUUUUAGUCACUUGACAUUCAAUUUUGUGUUUUCAAGGAAAAACUAACAAGCUUGACAUGUUAACAGCUAUUAAGUGGAUUAUCAGCUUCCAUAUUUCCCUUCAUGCUCACCACUGGGGCAUUUCAUUAGUGGUUAACACCUCUACCCUGGUAACAUCUAGAGAGGAGGUGAAAUUUGCUUUUUACUUUGCUUCACUCUCAGUAGAUAUAAAGUUUACUGUGAUAUAGUUAGAAGUAAGCCAAAAUCUGUAUUUUGAAUUAUCCAUGUAUCUUCACUACCACCAAUAUUUGAGAAUUGGUUGUGUAGUAUGUUGAAGCUUUUUGGGCGGGUCGGGGAAAGAAACACAGGAUACACAUGUGAAAAUAAGCUACAUAUGGGAUAAGUAUUAUUACCAGAGUUUUCAUCCAUCUCUUAUUAGCAUUUGCACUUCAAAUGCUUAAGAGGGAAGUCAUGUGACUUGAGAGAUUUUUCACAUAAUGGAAUGGCAUUCCUUGUUAAGAGUGACAAUCACAAAAGUCAUUCAAAAUACCAAAUUGCCCUAGUUCUUGAUAUUUGUAUUCCUUCAAAAACUUUGAAAGGGUUUACAUGUACAAUUCCACAAUAGUGGGUUUGGGUUUGUUUUUCUUGUUUUGAUCUGUCAGUUUUUCCAGGAUCCAAAUGUAUUAAUGUCUUUUGUGGCUUGGGAUAUAGUGGGGGUGUUUAGACUCAUGAUAGGCUAUUUCUCUGCCAGUUUCAUGAGCAUAAUUUUUUGCUAUGCAAAACCCAAGUUCCUCCACUUCAGUAUUAGGUAUUUCUGACAUUCUACUAUCACUAUUUGGGUUCCCCAAACUAUCAAAUGCUGGACCCCUAUUACCACUUACAUUUCUCUUUAGGGGUUUUUAUUGAUUGCACCCUUGUGAACUGAUAACUUUUGGGUAUUCAGAAGCAAUUACCAUUUGGUUUUGACACUUGUUGACAUUGGUAACAGGCCAUUUUGCUACUUCUGACCUAACUGAAGGCAUAUUCAUUUGACUACAUCAGGGAAAACUUCUGUUUUCUCCUCAUUCACUGUUUCCCGGUUGCAUCUUGUUCUGUUCCAAGUUUCUGUAAUUUCUUCCCGUAACACUUUCCAUUGUCUGACUUGAAAUAAAGUGAUUUCUAAUCUC